GAAAUAGAGCAAACGCACGGGGUGACAAACGGCGUCCGACCAGAUUCAAUCUUGCUCCUUAUCAGAGCACUCAUAAAUUCGUGUCGUGUGGAACAGCGUCUCGGAGCGAUAACCGCGGACACCGUAUAAGGCAGUUCUGAAACAACCUACAAAACAUCUCAAGCAACCCACAACUUCCUCCAUGGGUACUUACCGGACAUGCUACGUAACCGACGAACGUAUGUUGGAGCACUGGAAUGAUUUGAAGAGAUGGAUGCCCGAAAGACCGGAUCGGCUCCGUGUGGCCCAUCAACUCCUCAAGUCUAAAGGGCUCCUGGACAGGUGUCUCAUUUUGAAGCCACGGUCUGCGAGGGACGAGGAGAUAGGACUUGUUCACACGGAGAAGCACAUUGAGACCAUCCGAGCGAUCGAGAAUAUGUCAUUAGAAGAGAUGACGCGAAUAUAUGAAGCUAUCGUCCCUGGGACAAUCAUUGGUCCGGAGACAAACAAAUGUGCCCGCCUGGCUGCAGGCUGCCUGCUGGAGACCGUCGACGCUGUGAUUACGGGGCUGUGCAGGAACGGGGUAGCGCUGAUCAGGCCUCCGGGACAUCAUUCAGGACCGGAGACAGUGUCCGGCUAUUGCAUCUUCAACAACGCAGCGAUAGCGGCUGAGUAUGCCUUGCGGGAACAUGGACUUAAGAGAGUACUGAUCUUCGACUGGGACGUCCACCACGGCAACGGCACGCAAGAGAUCUUCUACAACGACAACAGGGUGUUAUAUAUUUCCUUGCAUCGAUACUCACUGAAGAUAUUUCCUUUCUCCGAAAUUGCCGAUGCACCUAAUAUCGGGGAAGGACCAGGAAAGGGAUACAACAUCAACAUUCCUUGGCGAAAGCCUGCUAUGAAGGAUGCUGACUACUUGGCAGCCAUGUAUCAACUCCUGCUACCUGUUGCGUCAGAGUUCAACCCGGAACUGGUGAUAAUCUCUGCAGGCUUUGACUCGGCAGUUGGGGAUUUUUUGGGGGACUGUUGCGUGACGCCUUCCUGCUACGGACUGAUGACGUCACUGCUGAGUAACCUAGCGCACGGAAACGUUAUUGUGCAGCUGGAGGGUGGUUACAACGUCGACCAGGUUGCCGAGUGCCUCGCUUCUUGCACUUCUGUUUUGCUGGGUGACGCCUGCGCACCUGUGACGGACCUGACACCGUCGAAAAGUGCAUUGGCGUCCAUCGAGAAGGUAAAGGAAGCGAUUCAACCUUACUGGGCGUGUCUUACUCCAGAAGAUACGCCAAUCAUUGUGGAGCCAACCAACAGAAUCGAAAAGUGGCAGUUGCCCCUACAGAACUGUCCUCAUGCGUGCAGCAGCGUCAGUGCUCUUCCUCCUGAGGGACUGAAAGAUCGGUUAGACAAAGCACAAGGUGCCUUGCAGUGGUUGUGUCUUCACUGCUUCGAGUUACUGUCUGAUGAAAGGGGUGACCACAUGAAGCAAGAAAGACACUUGACCGCCAUCAACAUAAAGGAGAUGACAGUCUGGUGCCAAGGGUGUCAGUGGAUAAUUACGCACGAGGCCUUGGUACCAGCAUUGGCUGAAGUUAGAAGAUGGCAGCUUGGACGUGUUUAAUACAGACCAGGACGUUGCGGGCGACAUUGUCCUUUACUGUCAAGUUGAGCGCUCCACCGUCUGUGCAACACCGGUUCUUUUAACCUUGCCGGUGUUCUUCCUCGUUCGAAUCUUGCUUCUACAACAUGAUUGUUUAUGUAUACCAUACAUUUAUAAACACGCACGAAAGCA